AUGUUGUCUCUGAACUCGUACGGGUUGUCCAGGACGUCGAACCAGCACUUGACGCUCCCUCGUCUCGCGCAAAGCCCCAUCCGCGAGACCAACACCAUGUCGGUCGGAAAACUCGCCCAGGAACGGCGCGACAUGCAUCCGUGGUACCGCACCACGUCCGGGUUCGACUACGGCCGACACGUCGACUUCCAAGACGUCGGGCUCAAGCUGAGUCCGGUGAGCCCGCACGCCAAGCACAUGGACUUUACCGAGGGAUUCCUCCAUGGGCCAUACACGGAUUCGAGUCUUGGCUCUCUCGACAUGAAGAAGAAGCGCCUCAUCCUCAGCGACAAGCUGCGCGCUGAGCAUAAAAUUCGCAUGCAGGCCAAAUUUGACGAGAAGCAACAGCAACUCAACUUUAAGCGGGAGAUCCGGCGGGAGCUGCGGGACAAGCGGCGGCUCGAACGGGCUGAGCAUACCCAUGCCAGCACGGUGAUUCAACGACACGUCCGUGGGAUGCUCGUGCGGUUGCACAUGGCGGCAGCCCGCAGCCAACUUGCGAACGAGAGUGCGGCGCGUAUUCAGGCAUUUUAUCGAUCGCAAAUGCGCGUGUAUCGAGCCAAGCAAGCCUUGCAACGCAUCAAGGACGACCUUGCGGCCGACGCGGCGCGCGUGAUCCAACAUAAAGUCCGCAACCACUUGGCCAAACUGCAUGCACGCGCCGAGCUUGAGCGACGACGACAGCAGCGUGCCCAUCGCCGACAACAAAUCCAGCAGGAAAUGAUGGACAGAAGGCGUCGAGCCGCCGUGGUCAUCCAGCGCAUGUCGCGCGGAUUCCUGGUUCGACAACGCAUGAAGCGGCGGCGCCUUGUCGCCGACUCGGCCGUGGGGGCUCCGAUCCUAGUCGGGUCAAAACGAAGACAGCCUAUAGCCUCGACGGCGCAAACAGCAGCAUGGACAGGCCCCAAGCAGCAGCCAUCCAAGCAGGCCGCCCCGUCUCCAUCCAAGCCAACGGGCAAGAAGAAAGCGUCGGCGGCGCCGGCGCUGCGUCGAUUUUCGUCCACAGACAUGGCGCUUAACGACACAUAA